GAUGGGCAGCGAGGGCCAGCGGGGCCCAGCGGCGGCCCGGGGCCCGGGGCAGGGCGACCCCCGGGCCCUGCGGAGGGACUGCCAGCACCGGAUCUUCGUCAACCGGAGCCUGGCGCUGGAGAAGAUCAAGUGCUUCGGCUUUGACAUGGACUACACCUUGGCCAUGUACAAGUCCCCUGACUACGAGGAGCUGGCCUUCACUCUGUUGCUGGAGCACCUUGUUGCCAUUGGGUACCCUCCUGAGAUCCUUGCCUACAAAUAUGACCCUACCUUCCCCACCCGGGGUCUGGUGUUUGAUGCCCUGUAUGGGAACCUGCUGAAGGUGGAUUCCCACGGGAACCUGCUGGUCUGUGCCCAUGGCUUCCGUUUCCUCAAGGGAGCCGAAAUCCUCCACUAUUACCCCAACAAGUUCAUCCAGCGGGAUGACAUGAAACGCUUCCACAUCCUCAACACCCUCUUCAACCUCACAGAGGCCCACCUCUAUGCCUGUCUCGUGGACUUUUUCACCAACUGCUCCAGAUAUGUCAACUGUGACACCGGCUACAAGCAUGGGAACCUCUUCAUGUCCUUCCGCAGCAUGUACCAGGAUGUGCGCGAGGCCAUGGACCAUGUCCACCUCUCUGGCUGCCUCAAGGAGAAGACGCUAGAGAACCUGGAGAAAUAUGUGGUGAAGGAUCCCCGUGUGCCGCUGCUGCUGAGCCGCAUGAAGGAGGUGGGGAAGGUCUUCCUGGCCACCAACAGUGACUACACCUACACUGAUGCCAUCAUGUCCUAUCUGUUCGACUUCAGCAAUGAGGACAAGGCUGAUGUCCCACGGCGCCCCUGGAGGUCCUACUUUGACCUGAUCGUGGUGGACACCCGCAAGCCCCUCUUCUUUGCUGAGGGCACCGUCCUGCGCCAAGUUGACACGGACACAGGGAAGCUGCGCAUGGGGACAUACACUGGCCCUCUCCAGCACUGUGCUGUCUACUCCGGUGGCUCCUCAGAUGUGGUGUGUGACCUCCUGGGUGUGAAGGGCAAAGACAUCCUCUACAUGGGGGACCACAUCUUUGGUGACAUUCUCAAAUCCAAGAAGCGGCAGGGCUGGCGCACCUUUCUGGUGGUGCCCGAGCUGGCCCGUGAGCUGCAGGUCUGGACAGAGAAGAGUGAGCUGUUUGAGGAGCUGCGGAGCCUGGAUCUCUUCCUGGCCGAGCUGUACCAGCACUUGGACAGUGGCAGUAGUGAGCGCCCAGACAUCAGCUCCAUCAAGCGUCGGAUCCAGAAAGUUACACAUGAGAUGGACAUGUGCUAUGGGAAGAUGGGCAGCCUGUUCCGCUGUGGCUCACGUCAGACGCUCUUUGCCAACCAGCUGAUGCGCUAUGCAGACCUCUAUGCUGCCUCCUUCAUCAACUUUCUCUAUUACCCCUUCAGCUACCUCUUCCGGGCACCCCCUGUCCUGAUGGCCCAUGAGUCAACGGUGGAGCACUCUCACCGGGACUCAGGGGAUGCAGUCACUGCCCUUCCUCCCUGGCUGGCCCAGCAUGGUGGCCCUGGCCAGCAGGUCCCCCAGGACUCAAGUGGGGAGGAGGAAGAUGAUGGAGAAGCCUGAGCACAACACAAUUGCUGUCAUGCUGCCCAUGGGAGGACAUUGAGUGGCCCUGGACCACUUGCACUCAUGGCCAGCUACCACCUCUGGUGGCCACAGCACGGCUGGUAGCCCUUGUCACACCUGUCCCUGGGCAGUUGGGACCUUCUCCUGACUGCCCAGAGUCAGGAGAGGGUCCCCAGGUUUGCUAGCUCUUGCCCCUUGAAUUCUUAUCUACCUGGUGCUCCUUUAUCUCAUUCCUCUUCCACCAGCUCAAUGCCAGCCUGAGGGCAUCCAACACCAGGGUGAACAGGCGGUGCCACUACUGCAGUAUCACUGGAAGCCCCACUGCAGCAGCCGGGGUCCCAGCAGCUCCUGCCCCUUUAGCCUCUGGGCCUGGCCACAAGCACUGCAUUGCUGGGUGGAGCGGGGGGCUCUGGAGGUGACACCUGCCCCUGCAUCUGCUGUUCUUCUUUUCUUUCUACCCUUUUCUAUUUAUAAAAGAUACUCAAAACUCCUGGCA